AUGCCGAUGUAUCAGCCAAAUAGCCAUGGAAAUGUAAAGCUAGACAUGGGUUCUGGUGGGCAAGUUUUGGAUCUACAAACCACCAUUAAAGGUGGCAUUUUGGGCGGUGUUGGCGGCGGUUUAGUUUGUACAGGUGUGAAGGAGAAACUGGAUCUGAGGAAGAUGGUUGGGGAGCUUGAAUCAAUACAAGUGCCAUCAGUGUUCAUAUGUCCAAUUUCAUUGGACCCCAUGCAAGAACCAGUGACUCUCUGUACUGGACAGACUUAUGAAAGAUCCAACAUUCUCAAAUGGUUCUCUUUGGGUCAUUGCACUUGCCCCACAACAAUGCAAGAGCUUUGGGAUGAUACGGUGACACCAAACAGGACUUUGCAGCAGCUGAUUCAUAGCUGGUUCUCGAGUAAGUAUUUGGCUAUGAAGAAGAGAUCAGAGGACGUGCUAGGGAAGGCUGUUGAGCUUUUGGAUUCUUUAAAGAAGGUUAAGGGCCAAGCUAGAGUGCAAACUUUGAAGCAACUUAGGCAUGUCGUGGUUGCUCAUUCUAUGGCGAAGAAGACAGUGAUGGAUAAGGGUGGAGCUGCCUUGGUUUCUUCUUUGUUGGGUCCUUUUACAACUCAUGCUGUUGGGUCUGAGGCCAUUGGUAUUCUUGUGAAUUUGGAGCUUGAUUUGCCAUCCAAGGCAAAUUUGAGGCAGCCUGCAAAGAUUUCCUUAGUUGUGGAUAUGUUGAAUGAGGGUUCGAUUGAGACCAAGAUUAAUUGUACGAAAUUGAUCGAAAUGUUGAUAGAAGGGAAGGAUUCAGGAUCGGAAAAUGUGUCAAGUUUAAGUCUUUUGGCAGGUCUAUUGAGGUUGGUGAAAGAUAAGAGACACCCAAAUGGAGUAUUGGCUGGGCUCGGUUUGUUAAAUACGAUUUGUUCAGAUGAGUCCCUCAGGAGCGCAGCUGUGAGCAUCGGGGCAGUUCCUCCAUUAGUGGAGUUAUUGCCUAGUUUGAAUAAUGAGUGCUUGGAAUUAGCUCUUUAUAUUUUGGAGGUCCUCUCAACUGUUCCAGAGGGUAGGUUGGCUUUGAAGGAUUGUGCCAACACAAUUCCUAAUGUGGUCAAGUUAUUGAUGAGCAAAUCGGAGAGCUGUACUCAGCUUGCAUUAUCAAUACUGUGGGCUGUUUGCAAGCUUGCACUGGAAGAAUGUGCAGCACUUGCUGUGGAGGCGGGUUUGGCAGCGAAGCUACUUCUUGUAAUACAGAGUGGCUGUAAUCCUGUAUUGAAGCAGCGGUCAGUUGAGCUCCUGAAACUGUGUAGUCUAAAUUACACGGCUACCAUCUUCAUUUCCAAGUGUAACCUUACCAGAACGAUAUAGUGAAUGAAAUUGGCAAAUUGUUGAUACAUAACAUCUUUUCUUUUACCUCGCAAGAGGCAAAGGAGCUCUUGGGAUCACUUGGAACAUAUGGCGGCUCUCUGGCCCGUGCAUAUUAAAGAGCUUUGAUACAUAACAUUGAUUUUCCAUGAUGGAAGCAUCAUAAUGUGGAUUUUAGGCUAAUCACAGUGUCUGUAAGCUGGUGGUUUUACCAAAAUUUUUCAGAAAUGUUCAGCCGAGUGAGGUUGCUAUUGAAUUCAGCUGCUCUUGUAUGCCAAACUGGACUACGCUGGGUUGUGGAUUUGAGAUUGUUUCAAUCCUCAACUGAUGUGUAUAGUAUGUCUCUGGCGGAGCGUGAGUGAGGUUCUGGUGAUUUAGAAAGCAAGAAAGGGAUUUGGGGAUUAGGAAUUCAUACAGGGACGUAUUUUUCACGAUAAUCAACGAGCAAACAUCUGUAUUUAUACAUGCAAUUUUUCAUUUUUGCUUGGAGCUUCUUUAAAAUCGUACUUAUUUGUUCUGCAAGGCUGUGAUGCAGAGUCUACGUUGUUAGUACAUUUCAAGAUUUGAUUAAUUAAUAACAUAUCACCCCAUAUUUGUUUGAAA